CAGCCCCACAAAAUCCCCUUCUUGCAAAGACAGCUUUCCAGCCUUUGAUCGAGUGCGAUGGCUUCAGCUGCUGUGGUGGAUACUAUGCCCGAGGCGUUGAGGCAGAGCCGGUACCAUAUGAAGAGAUGUUUUACUAGGUUUACCGAAAAGGGAAGAAGGCUGAUGAAGCUCCAGCAUUUGCAGGAGGAGAUUGAGCAGACCAUUGAGGAUAAGGUUGAAAGAUCCCAGGUCAUGGAGGGUACACUUGGUGAUAUCUUGAACUCGACGCAGGAAGCAGCAGUCGUGCCACCAUACGUUGCGUUUGCAGUAAGGCAUAAUCCUGGUAUUUGGGACUAUGUGAAGGUGGAAGGUGACAGCCUUUCUGUGGAAAUAAUCACAUCAACAGAUUAUUUGAAGUUCAAAGAAAUGAUCUAUGAUGAGAAGUGGGCAAGUGAUGAAAAUUCUCUAGAGAUAGAUUUUGGAGUGUUUGAUAUUGGCACUCCAAAACUGACUCUGUCGUCUUCGAUUGGGAAUGGGCUCGGGUACGUCUCUAAAUUCAUGACCUCGGUGCUUGGUGGGAAGCCUGAGAGCGCGAAGCCUUUGGUUGAUUACCUGUUAACUCUUGAACGAAACGGAGAGAAACUUAUGAUCAAUGAGAAUAUUGAUACUGUUAUGAAGCUUCAAGAAGCAUUGGUAAUCGCAGAAGUUUUCGUCUCUGCUAUGCCAAAGGAAACUCCAUACCAGAAUUUUGAGCAGAAGCUUAAAGAAUGGGGAUUUGAGAAAGGGUGGGGAGAUAACGCAGAAAGAACUCGGGAAACGAUGAGGAUACUUUCUGAGAUAAUGCAAGCACCUGAUCCUGCAAACAUGGAAGCAUUUUUCAGUAGGCUUCCGGUCAUAUACAAUGUCGUUGUCUUCUCCGUUCAUGGCUACUUUGGACAAGCAGAUGUCUUAGGCUUACCCGACACUGGCGGCCAGGUGAACGUGUCGUUUGUUUUUUUAUCAGUACUUUUCAGGGUGAGCCAUGUUUUGACCAAGAAAUAUGUUGAACAGGUGGUUUACAUCCUUGAUCAAGUGAGAGCUAUGGAAGAAGAAAUGUUGUUGAGAAUAAAGCAGCAAGGUUUGAAUGUGAAGCCCCAGAUUCUAGUGGUGACUCGUCUAAUCCCGGAUGCCAAAGGAAACAAAUGCAAUCAAGAAAUGGAGCUUGUCGAGGGCACAACGCACUCCCACAUCCUCAGGGUUCCAUUCAUCACCGAGAAAGGAGUUCUUGGACCGUGGGUCUCUAGAUUCGACAUCUAUCCUUACUUGGAGAGAUAUGCUCAGGAUGCAUCAGCAAAGAUUGUUGAGCUAAUGGAAGGAAAGCCUGACCUCAUAAUUGGAAACUACACAGAUGGAAACUUAGUUGCUUCUUUAGUUGCUAGCAAGCUUGGAGUGACUCAGGGAACGAUUGCUCAUGCUUUAGAGAAGACUAAAUAUGAAGAUUCAGAUGUGAACUGGAGGGACUUGGACUCAAAAUAUCACUUCUCCUGCCAAUUCAGUGCUGAUCUCAUAGCAAUGAAUGCUGCAGAUUUCAUAAUCACAAGCACAUAUCAAGAAAUUGCAGGAAGCAAGAACCGGGCAGGGCAAUACGAAAGCCAUGUCUCGUUCACGAUGCCAGGGCUUUAUAGGGCAGUUUCAGGCAUUGAUGUAUAUGAUCCCAAGUUCAACAUUGCCUCCCCCGGAGCUGAUCAAUCCGUCUACUUCCCGGCCACGGAUAAACAGAAGCGAUUCACCAAAUUCCAACCUGCCCUUGAGGAACUGAUCUACAGCAAGGUGGAAAACGACGAGCACAUAGGAUAUAUCACAGACAGAAAGAAACCAAUCAUCUUCUCAAUGGCAAGGCUAGACAUUGUCAAGAACAUUGCAGGGCUAACUGAGUGGUAUGGCAAGAACAAGAGGCUCCGGAGCUUAGUAAACCUUGUCAUUGUAGGAGGAUUCUUCGAUCCAUCCAAGUCCAAGGACAGGGAAGAAACGGCGGAAAUCAAGAAGAUGCAUACCCUCAUUGAGAAAUACCAACUCAAGGGGCAGCUGAGAUGGAUAGCAGCUCAAACUGACAGAUACCGCAAUGGUGAGCUAUACCGUUGCAUUGCAGACACGAAGGGGGCUUUCGUGCAGCCUGCAUUGUACGAAGCAUUCGGCCUCACAGUGAUCGAAGCCAUGAACUGUGGACUGCCCACAUUUGCAACCAAUCAAGGAGGGCCAGCAGAGAUCAUAGUUGAUGGGGUCUCAGGCUUCCACAUUGAUCCCAACAACGGCGACGAAUCAAGCAACAAGAUAGCUGAUUUCUUCGAGAAAUGCAAAACGGAUAGCAGAUACUGGAACAGAAUGUCUCAAGGUGGCCUCAAACGAAUAUAUGAAUGCUAUACAUGGAAGAUCUACGCAAACAAAGUUCUCAACAUGGGAUCAGCCUAUGGAUUCUGGAAACAGCUCAUCAAAGACCAAAAACAGGCGAAGCAAAGAUACAUUGACAUUUUUUAUAAUCUCCAAUUCAGGAAAUUGGCAAAAAAUUUGCCGAUCAGCGAAGAAAUCAAACCGGCGGCAUCAUCGAAGACUCAAUCGCCGAAACCGGCGGCACCGAAACAAGAACUGGAGCCGCGAGCUUCAGCUCCAGCGACGUCGUCGGAUGAAGGCGAGAAUUCGACGGCGAUCGAGAAGUUGGAAAAAUCGAGAGCAUCGCCGUGCGCUUGCCACUGGUUUUGCCUGUGCAUCUCUUCCGCCAUUGUUAUGUAUGCUUUGCUCAAGAUGUAUUGGAUGUUCAAAUGAUUGAGCUCAGCUGCUAACCAUCCAAAUCGAGGGAUAAAUAAUGGAUCUCAGCUUCUCUCUCUUCUUUCUUCUUCCACUUCAUGUCGACGAAAUCAAUUUGUAAUGCUUAUGUGAUUUUGUUCGUUGAAUAAAAUGGAG